UUCUCCUUUAAAUCUCAAGUCUCAAACUAUAUAAAUAGUGGACAGACAGACAGAACAAAUAUUCAUUUCUUACAUUCAUAUCAACAACUAUGGCUCGCAUUGACUCUCUCCUCCUCUCCCUCCUCCUCAUCGCCACCGUCUCUGUCGCCGCAUUGGCCGAACAAGAAUGCGUCUACACAUUUAAAAUCAAAACCGGAACGAAAGAUGACUCCGGCACCGAUUCAAUCAUAGGGGCUUCAAUCUCGGACAAAACUGGUCAGCACAUCGACAUUGGAGACCUAGAGAGAUGGGGUGGUGUAAUGGGACGAGGUCACGACUACUACGAGAACGGCAAUCUUGAUAUUUUCAGUGGGACAGCGCGGUGUCUUCCGAGCCCAGUGUGCUUUUUGAAUCUGAACUCUGACGGCUCCGGUGAUAAGCCCGGCUGGUAUGUUCAAUACGUGGAGGUAAAGACGACCAGAGCUGGAGCUGAGACCAAGCGUCAGUACUUCGAUGUAGAGCAGUGGCUUGCCGUCGACGAGCCGCCGCAUGAGCUAUCUCUCGAACGGAACAACUGCCCGCAGGUGGUGAGUGCCAGUGUCGGUGUCGGGUGUGAGAACAGGAAGUGCAUCUCUUCAAUCGUCUGAAAGCGUCGAGGGGACGUAACAUGGCGAUAUAUAAUGCAAAAUUGAAUAAAAAAAAUUUCUGUCAACGCGUGACAGCAAUAUUGUUAGAUUGAAUAAAACUGCCUCUCCUUGUGAGUGUGGGAUGGCAUUGAUUUCCAAUCCAAUUUAACUGUGAGAGUCAAACAAUUGGUUAUCUUUAAUUAUCUUAAACU